AUGUUGAAUUUGGUUCACUCUGAAAAAGGUUUCCAACUUGAAAGACUGAAUGAUUCCAAUACGCAACAAGUCCCUGAAGAACUCUCCGUUUUUGUGCCAGAUGCUUUCCGAGAUCAAUUCCUUUCAUUCGCUCACUUCAAGUAUUACGGCAUCAACAGCGAGUUUUGUAAUGCAGUCAAAUUACAGGAUCCUGCUGUUCAGAAAGCGAUUGCUAAGCUUCAGACCUUUGCAGAUGAUAAUGCGUCCACAGUUUGGAAUCAAUCUAUGACGAAUGGAGGCAAGAGAGCCUUGUCGCUGAUUGAAAAGAUAGAAAAUGCGACAAGCCACGAUUCAUUUUUACAGAACGUAGAAACAGCUUUGAACUACGUUUGUGGGAACCAAGAACUGGUGAACCUGUUUCUGAUUGCAACUUCGUCUUAUUGGGGACAAUUACCAAGGCCCUCAGCUGUCUUCCAGAAGGUCAUCCAGCUCCAGGGCCAUUCAUGA